UCAAGUGUUCAACCCAAUUUGUACAAACAUUACCAGCCUAGAACUCUCUUUGAGAAACAAUGGAGGUGGAAAGGGUGCAAGCGUUGGCAUAUGGAGGGGUAUUGAAGGAGCUACCGGCGCAGUUUGUUCGUCCGGCAAACGAGAGGCCGGAGAACAGCAAAGCCCUUGAAGGAGUCAAAGUGCCUGUCAUUUCUAUGUUACAACCUGAUGAUGUUCUAAUGAAAGAGAUGUCAAAGGCUUGUAGUGAGUGGGGUUUCUUUCUUCUCACUGACCAUGGCUUCCCAUCUUCACUCGUUCAUCAGCUACAAGAGGUGGGAGAAGAGUUCUUCAAUUUGCCACAGGAAGAGAGAGAGAAAUAUGCCAAUGAUCCUUCUGCUGGGAAGUUUGAUGGGUAUGGAACAAAGAUGACUAAGAACCAUGAUGAGAAGGUUGAGUGGCUUGAUUAUUUCUUCCAUCAUAUCUGGCCUCCUGCCAAGAUCAACUAUGCCAUAUGGCCUCAAAACCCUCCUGCUUAUAAGGAAGUGAAUGAGGAAUAUGCAAAGGAAGUGCUAAGAGUAAGGGAGUUUUAGUAAAUAUAGGUUGAGUAUAAAAGUGUAGAAAACUGUAAUAGUGUUUGCCCGAUAGAUUCAGUAGAUUCGAUUGUCCAAUAGUUCAAACUUCAAACCAUUGAUCAAUCCAGACGCAGUAGAUCAAGAUUGGGACCUAGUUGAAGCACCCUAUGUCGAUUGGAGCAAGGAAGAGUAAUGGAUGAUCAGGCGAACUUUGAC